AUGGUGAAUCGCAAUUCUUCAGCCUUCUCCCAGCAUCUUCUCCAACAGUCCCCACUUCUCGAAGAGGAAGGGGUCCGUCAAACUUGGAAUCGGCUGCUAAAUGGCGAGUGCGGGAUUUACAAUAUCCGGUUCCGCGAUAAAAAGUUCGAGGAAUUGCCAUGUCAGAUUGCUGCUGUCGUCCCGGAGGGCCCUCGCGAGCUGGGAAGAUGGGAUUCAUCUGAGUGGCUGAUGAACGAUGAAAAGCGCAAGAUGGCGUUAUUCGCCCAGUAUGCGAUGACUGCUUCGGAAGAGGCUCUGGAGGAUGCAGGGUGGAAGCCGACAGCUGCAGGUCAGCUAGAGGCUACCGGAGUCUGUCUAGGAUCUGGGAUCGGCAAUUUCGCUGAGAUCUACGACGCCUCUGUACUUUACAGCAGAAAAGGCUACAAGAAAGUGUCUCCUUUGUUUGUGCCGAAGUUGUUGAUCAAUCUGGGGGCCGGCCAUGUAUCUAUGAAGUAUGGGUUCAUGGGCCCUAACCACUCAGCAACCACCGCAUGUACGACAGGUGCCCAUUCUAUUGGUGAUGCUGCUCGGUUCAUCGCCUUUGGAGAUGCAGAUGUGAUGCUUGCUGGCGGGGCGGAAUCGUGCAUUCACCCGCUUGCAAUUGGAGGCUUUGCAAGGGCGCGCAGUCUGGCGACGGCUUAUAAUGGCCGGCCUAUGGUGGCCUCGCGACCAUUUGACGCAGACCGUAACGGCUUCGUGGUUGGCGAGGGUGCUGGAAUGAUGGUUCUGGAGGAACUAGAGCACGCCAAGGCGCGAGGUGCUCGUAUAUAUGCAGAGUUGAAAGGAUACGGCUGUUCAGGCGACGCUUACCACAUGACAGCCCCUAGGGAGAAAGGCGAAGGCGCGCUACUAGCCAUGAGAAAAGCCCUGAAGAACGCCCGUCUCGAGCCCUCCACUGUCGACUACGUCAAUGCCCACGCAACCUCGACUGUGAUCGGCGAUGCAGCUGAAAACGCCGCAAUCAAGACUCUCCUCCUUGGCCCGGGGGGGAAGCAGCGAGCGGCAGAUGUGAAUGUCAGCAGUACCAAGGGAGCCAUAGGGCAUCUACUUGGAGGAGCCGGUGCCGUCGAGGCUCUGUUUACCGUUCUGGCUAUCCACAAUAAUGUCAUGCCCCCUACCAUCAAUUUGGAUCGCCUGGAUGAGGGUUUUGACUGUAAUUACGCGGCAAACCAGGCCCAAGAACGUCGUAUUGACGUGGCGCUGACGAACAGCUUUGGAUUCGGAGGGACAAAUAGCAGUCUUUGUUUCUCAAAGCACGGUUUAUAG